AUGAAUCCCGCCGAAGGGGCGGCGGAGGAAGGCGCUGUCCCUGACUCCGAGGUGGAUGCUUUCUUCCGAACAGGUUCUUUCCGAAAUGAUGGUUUAAAAGCUGCCGAUGUCCUUCCUAUACUGAAGGAGAAAGUGGCCUUUGUGUCAGGUGGCCGUGAUAAACGAGGUGGUCCUGUCUUGACCUUCCCAGCCCGCAGCAAUCAUGACAGAAUAAGGCAGGAAGACCUUCGUAAACUUGUGACUUAUUUGGCCAGCGUGCCGAGUGAAGACGUUUGCAAGAGAGGAUUCACUGUUAUUAUCGAUAUGCGGGGAUCCAAAUGGGAUUUGAUCAAACCUCUCCUAAAAACCCUUCAAGAAGCCUUUCCUGCUGAGAUUCACGUUGCCCUGAUUAUAAAACCUGAUAAUUUUUGGCAGAAGCAGAAAACAAACUUCGGCAGUUCCAAGUUCAUCUUUGAGACAAGUAUGGUGUCUGUAGAAGGCCUGGCAAAGCUUGUGGAUCCUUCCCAACUGACAGAUGAGUUUGAAGGGUCCUUGGAUUACAACCACGAUGAAUGGAUAGAGCUGCGUGUCUCCUUGGAAGAAUUUUUCAACAGUGCCAUUCAUUUAUUAUCAAGGCUGGAGGAUCUCCAGGAAAUGCUGGCUCGGAAGGAGUUUCCAGUUGAUGUUGAGGGCUCAAGAAGGCUGAUUGAUGAGCACACACAGCUUAAGAAAAAAGUGAUUAAAGCUCCUGUGGAAGAACUGGAUCGUGAGGGCCAGAGGUUAUUACAAUGCAUAAGAUCCAGUGAUGGUUUUUCUGGUAGGAACUGCAUUCCUGGAAGUGCAGAUUUUCAAAGUCUUGUGCCAAAGAUCACCAGCCUUUUAGAUAAGCUGCAUUCUACCCGGCAACACCUGCAUCAGAUGUGGCAUGUCCGCAAGUUGAAACUGGACCAGUGCUUUCAACUCCGGCUUUUUGAACAAGAUGCUGAGAAGAUGUUUGACUGGAUCAGCCACAACAAAGAGUUGUUCCUGCAGAGUCACACGGAGAUCGGGGUGAGCUACCAACAUGCCCUGGACCUGCAGACACAGCACAACCACUUUGCCAUGAAUUCCAUGAAUGCCUAUGUCAACAUCAAUCGAAUCAUGUCUGUGGCAUCACGGCUCUCCGAGGCAGGCCACUAUGCUUCCCAGCAAAUCAAACAAAUAUCCAGCCAGCUGGACCAAGAGUGGAAGAGUUUUGCUGCAGCUCUGGAUGAGCGCAGCACCAUCUUAGCCAUGUCUGCUGUCUUUCACCAGAAAGCUGAACAGUUCCUUUCAGGUGUGGAUGCCUGGUGCAAAAUGUGCAGUGAUGGAGGUCUCCCCUCAGAAAUGCAAGACCUGGAACUUGCCAUCCACCAUCACCAGACCCUCUACGAGCAAGUGACACAGGCCUACACAGAGGUGAGCCAGGAUGGAAAAGCCUUGCUGGAUGUCCUACAGCGUCCCUUGAGUCCUGGGAAUUCUGAAUCUCUUACUGCUACUGCAAACUACUCCAAGGCUGUUCACCAGGUGCUGGAUGUGGUACAUGAAGUCCUGCAUCACCAGCGACGCCUAGAAAGCAUCUGGCAACACAGAAAAGUCCGACUACAUCAAAGGCUGCAGCUCUGUGUUUUUCAGCAGGAUGUUCAACAGGUACUGGACUGGAUUGAAAAUCAUGGGGAAGCCUUUCUGAGCAAGCACACAGGAGUGGGGAAGUCUCUACACAGAGCACGUGCACUGCAGAAAAGACAUGAUGAUUUUGAAGAGGUAGCACAGAAUACGUACACCAAUGCAGACAAGCUCUUGGAGGCUGCAGAGCAGUUGGCUCAGACUGGGGAAUGUGACCCUGAAGAGAUCUAUAAAGCUGCCCGGCAUCUGGAAGUUCGGAUUCAGGACUUUGUCCGGAGGGUGGAACAGAGGAAACUUCUCUUGGACAUGUCAGUCUCCUUCCAUACCCACACCAAAGAGCUGUGGACAUGGAUGGAAGAUCUGCAGAAGGAGCUCUUAGAGGAUGUCUGUGCUGACUCUGUGGAUGCAGUUCAGGAGCUUAUCAAGCAGUUUCAGCAGCAGCAAACAGCUACCCUGGAUGCUACCCUCAAUGUUAUUAAAGAAGGGGAAGAUCUAAUCCAGCAGCUCAGGGACUCUGCCGUUUCCAACAACAAGACCCCCCACAACAGCUCCAUCAGCCACAUUGAGUCUGUCCUUCAGCAGCUUGACGAGGCCCAGGUACAGAUGGAAGAGCUCUUCCAUGAGAGGAAGAUUAAGCUAGACAUUUUCCUUCAGCUCCGGAUUUUUGAGCAGUACACCAUUGAGGUUACGGCAGAGUUGGAUGCUUGGAAUGAAGAUCUGCUGAGGCAAAUGAAUGAUUUCAAUACGGAAGAUCUCACUCUGGCUGAGCAGCGAUUGCAGCGUCACACUGAGCGGAAACUGGCCAUGAACAACAUGACCUUUGAAGUCAUCCAGCAAGGGCAAGACUUGCACCAAUACAUCAUGGAGGUCCAGGCUUCAGGCAUUGAGCUGAUCUGUGAAAAAGAUAUUGAUCUUGCAACACAGGUUCAAGAACUGCUGGAAUUCCUCCAUGAGAAACAGCACGAGCUGGAGCUUAACGCUGACCAAACUCACAAGAGGUUAGAGCAGUGCCUACAGCUCCGGCACCUCCAGGCUGAGGUCAAGCAGGUGCUUGGCUGGAUCAGGAAUGGGGAGUCCAUGCUCAAUGCAAGCCUUGUCAAUGCAAGCUCCCUCUCGGAGGCUGAGCAGCUCCAGCGAGAGCACGAGCAGUUUCAGCUGGCAAUAGAGAAGACACAUCAGAGUGCCCUGCAGGUCCAGCAGAAGGCUGAAGUGCUGCUGCAGGCUGGACAUUAUGAUGCUGAUGCUAUCAGAGAAUGUGCUGAGAAGGUGGCCCUGCACUGGCAGCAGCUGAUGCUGAAGAUGGAGGACAGGCUUAAACUCGUCAAUGCCUCAGUGGCCUUUUAUAAAACCUCUGAGCAGGUGUGCAGUGUGUUGGAGAGUCUGGAGCAGGAAUACAGACGGGAUGAAGACUGGUGUGGAGGCCGAGAUAAACUUGGACCAGCAGCUGAGAUAGACCAUGUCAUCCCUCUGAUCAGCAAACAUCUGGAACAGAAGGAGGCUUUUCUCAAGGCCUGUACCCUGGCCCGGAGGAACGCCGAGGUGUUCCUCAAGUACAUCCACAGGAACAACGUCAGCAUGCCCGGAGUGGCGAGCCACACCAGAGGCCCCGAGCAGCAGGUCAAAGCCAUUCUGAGCGAGCUGUUGCAGAGGGAGAAUCGUGUCCUUCACUUCUGGACCCUGAAGAAGAGGAGAUUAGAUCAGUGCCAGCAAUAUGUUGUUUUUGAGCGCAGUGCCAAGCAGGCCUUAGACUGGAUCCAAGAAACAGGCGAAUAUUACCUCUCUACUCACAGCUCAACAGGGGAAUCAGCAGAAGAAACUCAGGAACUCCUGAAGGAAUAUGGGGAAUUCAGAGUACCUGCCAAACAAACAAAGGAGAAAGUGAAGCUCCUCAUCCAGCUGGCUGACAGCUUUGUAGAAAAAGGACACAUACACGCCACUGAAAUUAGGAAGUGGGUCACCACCGUUGACAAGCGCUACCGGGACUUCUCUCUCAGGAUGGGGAAAUACCGCUACUCCUUGGAAAAAGCCCUUGGAAUCAACCCAGAGGAUAACAAAGACCUAGAACUAGAUAUCAUUCCAGCAAGUCUUUCAGACCGAGAGGUGAAGCUGCGAGAUGCAAAUCAUGAAGUCAAUGAAGAAAAAAGGAAGUCAGCCAGAAAGAAAGAAUUCAUUAUGGCUGAGCUGCUGCAGACAGAGAAAGCUUAUGUCAGGGAUUUACAUGAAUGUUUGGAGACUUACCUUUGGGAAAUGACAAGUGGAGUGGAAGAAAUACCAGCUGGGAUCCUUAAUAAAGAACACAUCAUCUUUGGCAAUAUUCAGGAGAUUUAUGACUUCCAUAACAACAUUUUUCUAAAGGAGCUGGAGAAAUAUGAACAACUGCCUGAGGAUGUGGGCCACUGCUUUGUCACCUGGGCAGAUAAAUUUCAGAUGUAUGUCACCUACUGCAAAAACAAGCCUGACUCCAGCCAGCUCAUCCUGGAACAUGCAGGGACUUUCUUUGAUGAAAUUCAGCAAAGACACGGGCUGGCCAACUCCAUCUCUUCUUAUUUAAUCAAGCCUGUCCAGAGGAUCACAAAAUACCAACUCCUACUGAAGGAACUGCUGACCUGCUGUGAGGAGGGCAAAGGGGAGCUGAAGGAUGGUCUGGAAGUGAUGCUCAGUGUCCCAAAGAAGGCCAACGAUGCAAUGCAUGUCAGCAUGCUGGAAGGGUUUGAUGAGAAUCUGGAUGUCCAGGGAGAGCUGAUUCUUCAGGACUCCUUCCAAGUGUGGGAUCCCAAAUCUCUCAUUCGGAAAGGCCGUGAGAGGCAUUUGUUUCUCUUUGAAAUCUCUUUGGUGUUUAGCAAAGAGAUCAAAGAUUCUUCAGGACACACAAAAUAUGUUUACAAGAACAAGUUACUGACCUCAGAACUGGGAGUGACUGAACAUGUUGAAGGAGAUCCCUGCAAAUUUGCUUUGUGGUCUGGACGAACACCAUCCUCAGACAAUAAAACAGUACUGAAAGCAUCCAGUAUUGAAACAAAACAGGAAUGGAUCAAAAAUAUCCGGGAAGUUAUUCAAGAGAGGAUUAUUCAUCUGAAAGGAGCUCUGAAAGAGCCAAUUCAGCUCCCCAAGACACCAGCAAAGCAGCGAAACAACAGUAGAAGAGAUGGAAUAGAUGAUGCAGACAGCCAAGGGGAUGGCAGCAGUCAACCUGACACCAUUUCCAUUGCCUCCAGGACAUCACAGAACACGGUGGACAGUGAUAAGACAAUCUGA